AAAAAAUCCAAAACAAUAGUGUCAACGUCAAAACAAACUUAUUGCAUUAUCGAUCAAACUGGGUUCGAACAAGUAAACGGUGAUAUUUUAAUAACCCCUUGCAAACAGACUUUUUAUUAUAAUUUCACGAAGAAAAAUGGACUAAAAGGCUGACUAAUCGAAAAAAAAUAGACAAAAGUGAGGUUAUGUAGUGAGUAAUGAUGACGAAUAGAGCAAUAUUUUUGUAAUAACUUUAUUAAAAUGAGGAGUCUAAGCUAUGUUAUACUAUUUUGCACAGUUUGUUCUAUUGUGUGUUGGAAUGAGGGGUACUUCCUGGGAUGUUACAGCAAUAUACCCAAUGUCCGAACAAACAUACCCAGCUAUAGUGGCCAAAACAACUGCAUAAAGGCCUGUGGAUCCAGAUAUUACAGGUAUGCAAUCCCUGACACAACUUGUUCAUGUGGUAACUACGAAGGCGAACAAGUAAGCAACACAACAUGUAAUGAGUGUCAAGACUGUAAAGAUAAGGAAGGGAUCCUGGACAUAUACGCCACCGGCAAUUUACUACCUGGACCCCCCCGAAAUUUAAGAAUCUCAAAUGUAACAGAUACAAGUCUGAAAAUAAGUUGGUCAGAACCCGAAUCGUUCGUCGAGCUAACGUCCUAUAAAAUUCGAGCCAAAUUACUCAAAACUUUUUCAACCUUCCCACCUAUGAGCCCCGAAUGGGUAUACUCGAACAAAACCUUCCAAACUGAUAUUAUAACCCUGCACCCUUCAAGCAUCUACAAUCUUAGCAUUACGAGUGUUUCCCCUGAUGGAGAGGGCGCCGCCAUUUACUCCGAUGUCAAAACCGAAAUAGGAGAACCCGAUAAUCCACCAUCACCGCCUGAAUUGUUGAGCAAUGAUGGUUCUCAGAUUAAAAUAAAAAUGAUGGCGGUUACUAAUAAUAACGGUCCUGUUUCGGCCUAUAGAAUAGUUGUUGUUAAUAACGAUGUUAAGGAGAGUUUUAAUAAAGAUAAUUUGAUGUCAUAUGAUGCUGCUAAGAGAAUGGGACUUACCUAUUACACGGCAGCUGAACUCAACCCAAUUGAGAUAACAAAACCAUUUAUAGUUGGUGAUGGUAGGAGCUAUGGUGGUUUUUAUAAUCCCCAACUAGAUCCUAACGUUAACUACAAUAUUAUACUUGGUGUUGUUAGUCGUAUGGGCAACGAAACUAAAAUUUGUUACAGUGUUCCAUUUUCCGACACUCUUGUCUUCAAGUUUAGCGACGAAGAAGGCGAGAAUUCGGCGUUAAUUGUUGUAUUAUCGGUAGCUAUAGGUUUACUGAGCUGUGUCCUAGUAGCUAGUGUUAUUGGGUUUAUUAUUUUGAGGAACAGAGUUACUAAUAGGAGACAGAGGCUUUCAGACAACCAAGAGUUAACUCUACAAGGACCUAUGAUCGAAGUGGAAAAUAAUGGUUAUAUACCAGAAGAAGAGCAUGUACCCAUAAACCACUACAGAAGCCUAAGGCAAAAACUUCAAACCUUUUUGCCAAGCCAAAUAAAAAUUGACACGUCGAACUUACUGGGUACAGGCAAAUUUGGGAGGGUUAAUAGAGCUAACAUUCUUAAUGGUGACAAUUUGACUCCAAUCGCAGCUUAUACCAUACAGGACAAAAAAAUGGGGCAAGAAACUCGCAAAAGUAUGCUGCAAGAGCUCGAUUUGCUUAUUAAAACUGGAAAACAUGACAAUAUAAUACAACUUUUGGGCACAUGCGAGACCCCUCAGACCGUUAUAGUAGCUUUAGAGUUGGUGACUACAAAUUUAAAGGAGUUUUUGCUGGGGAGCAGAGAGACUUUACCUGAAAGAUUUAGCAGUUUAUCUGAGUAUCAAGCUUUAGAUACAGCAAUGCAGAUUGCACAGGGAAUGGCGCAUCUAGAGCACAGCAAGAUUCUUCACAAGCAGUUGUGCGCGAGGAGCAUUUUAUUGUCGAAUGGCGUUCCAAAAAUAAGCGGCUACGGUCUGGCGCAGUACCAUAGUCAUAAUAAGAUCCCUGAUUACACCAGAUGGACUGCCAUCGAAGUGUUCAGGGGUCAACCGCAUAAUCCAAAGAGCGACGUCUGGUCCUUUGCUUGUCUUUUAUGGGAGAUUUGCGCGCUGGGUGGCACUCCGUACGCGAGUGUCUCGAACACGAACGAAAUCCCGGAGAAAAUAAUGCGCGGGUUAAGGUUACCACAACUUCAGUAUUUUAGCGAAGAUUUGUACCAGGUGAUGCUGGAUUGUUGGCAGAUUGAUACGGACGAGAGGCCGAAAUUCGAACAAUUGUUGGAGAUGUUGAUGGCUCUUCAAGAGAACACCUUCGUUCCAUAUCUGAGUUUUAAUUUAAUGGCCAAUUUUCAGUACGAACCAUUUUAUCCGGACAUUGAGCUGGCUGUAAGGCCCAAUUAUUAAUUGUGUUAUGUAAUCAGUAUUUAAGAUUAUGUACUUACGAUUCAUUCCACUUUUACAAUAUUUAUUAGUUUUUUUUAUGGUUUUACUCUUGUAUUUUAUAAUCUAUACAUUCCUCUAUUUAUAUUAAUAAAUGUAUUUUUGGAGCACA